AUGGUUUGCUCGAUGCGAGAAGGGUCUACCUGUGUAGCCGAGCGUUGGACGAACCCGGACCUGCCUGGAGCCUGCAAUCGUAUCUCGGAAGAAGAUAGGACCGACAGUCGGACUUCUCACAACCUCAUCGGCGGAGAGAAACCUCAGGGUCCUUCUGGGCGCACGUUCAGCGUGUCGAUCUGGGCGCAAACAGACCCUGAAUCUGCCAGAAGACCCAAAAGGAACGGAGUUGUUUCGAGGAUCAUCAACCCCAAGAUGAAUCCUCGCACACCUUGCUGUCUGUUUUUGGACCGAACUCUCUGCAUACUUUCGGUCGUGCUGAGUUGA